AUGUAUCAUUUUUGUGUAAUUCUUGUAUGUGUCUGCUUGUUUAUACAAUUUAGAAUCUUAAUUCUAACAUAUUUCUUACAUAAAAUCCUUGUUACUAUGGAUAAACUAUCGAAUUCUGAAGUUGACAGGGGUGGAGAUUGUAUCAAAAUAUUUGUUCGUGUUCGUCCAGCGGUUACAGAAACAAAUGUUUGCUUGACUGUCAAAUCUGAACAAGAAAUAAUUCUCCAGAAUCACUCAAAUCCGAAAUUGUAUCAAUUCGAUCAUGUCGCCGAUCAGGUGACAACUCAGGAAACUGUCUUCAGUAGUGUUGGAAGACAAAUUGUUGAAAGUUGCGUAGAAGGCUACAAUGGAACCAUAUUUGCUUAUGGGCAAACUGGAUCAGGAAAAACCUACACAAUGUUGGGUCCAGGUGAAGAUGCCAUGGCAAGCUUUGAACACAGAUUGAGAGGAAUUAUACCAAGAAGUCUGCAAUAUAUGUUUGAACUUAUUCAAAAAAAACAAGAAAUGCAUGGAAAACAAUUUGAAUGCACAUGCAGAGCAUCGUUUCUCGAGAUAUACAAUGAACAAGUGUUUGAUUUACUCGAUCCUUCAAGUCCGAAACUUCAGGUUCGAGAAUCGAAGAAUCGAGGAGUUUUUGUAGAAGGAAUUAUUGAAAAAUAUGUCACAAGUGGCUCAGAAGCUUUUAAUAUAUUAUCAGAAGGUUGGUGUAACAGAAGAGUUGCUUCAACAUCAAUGAAUAGAGAGAGUUCCAGAAGUCAUGCUGUGUUUACAGUAACUGUCGAAACUAAAGAACAUACCGCUAGCAUUACCAAAGUGAGACAAUCUGUAUUAAAUCUUGUUGAUUUGGCUGGUUCUGAGAGACAAAAAGAUACACUAGCAAGCGGAACGCAGCUUAAAGAAGCCGGAAAAAUUAACGGGUCUCUUUCAGUUCUCGGACAAGUUAUCAUGGAAUUAGAUGAUGUUGCUCACAAUAAAACAAGACAUAUUUCUUACAGGAACUCAAAGUUGACAUUUUUAUUGAGGGAUUCUCUGGGUGGAAAUGCGAAAACUUUUAUAAUCGUUAAUGUUCAUCCGAACGCACAAUUCUUCGGUGAAACUACUUCUACUCUACAAUUCGCGGCACGAGCUAAACAAAUCAAAAAUAGAGCAAGAGUGAAUGAAAAUACUCAGGGAGAUUAUACACAAUUACAGACUGAGAUAGAAAGAUUGAAAGCCAUAAUAUGUCGAUAUGAAAGUAGCGGAAAAAACAGAACAUUAGCAAGUAUAAGUGAUCAAGUGGAAUCUGAACUUUCUAAAGAUUAUUAUUACGACGAUAUAAGACAAAUGUUUUUUAACGCGAUGCAAAUGAAUCACAGACUAAGAGACGAACUAGAAGCGACCAAAAAUCAUAUCACAAAAAUGAAUAACUUUAAUAUGUCCCGUAAUUUUAUUAUUAAAUUACGAGAUUCAAAAAUUUCUGAGUUGAGGAAAGGAAAAACUCCAGAAAGGGAUGAAGAGAUUGAAGCAUUGAAAAAAGAACUGCAAGCUGUGAAAGACCAGCUUUUGCAUAACCCUAAGGUUGCUUUACAAAAGACGAAAAUAACGGAGUUACAACACGAAGUCGAAAAACUUCGACAGACUACAUUAAGAGUCAAGCUAUUAAAAGAACAAGAAAAAGAACUGGAUCAAUUGUACGAGCAAUUGCUCAGUGAAAUGGAACCAGAUUCGUUCAUGCAUAGCAGAAGAGAAUCUGUUUUCGAUUCCAAUGGUUCGACACCAAAUUUUGUCAACGAUGCCGCUGACAAAGCAAAAAUAGCAGAAUUGGAACAAAAAUUGAAAUCCAGAAAUGAUGAAUUUGCACAAUUAGAAGAAAAGAACGCGAACCUUGAGGCUGAACUUAAAAGCACACAAAAUCAAGUGAAAGACUUGGAAGGAGUUUUACACGCUAAUCUAGCUGACGACACAAUGCAGCGAAGAAGAUUAAGUAAAAUGCAUGAAAAUGCCAUCAUUCGCAUCACAACACCCAAAAGAAAAAACACAGAAGGUGCUAGUUCGUCACGUUCCAAAAUAGCACGAGGUAGUUCGAUAUCAUCUGGAUUAGAUAGUUCCGAAGCACUUUUUGAUGAUGAUUUCUUUUUGAAUGUAUCGAUGUUAACGGAUCAAAAAAUGCCUGAAGUUAUGGAAAAAAUGGUCCAUGAAGAAUUACAGGAAGAACUUCAACAAGUCAAACAAGAAAUGGAAAAAUUUAAAGAAGAAAGCUUAUCUAAGGAUUGUGAUUUGGCUUCAGUCAGGAAAUCUGAAAAUACAUUGAAAGAAAAGUUAGCUUUAAUUACGCAGAAUCUUUCAGAUGCAAAAAAUCAACUAUAUUGGCUGGAAGCUGAUGCUGCGACACAUAAAGCGAAUCUUCAAGGUAAAAUGGAAGAACUUGAAGAGGCAAGGAUAAUGUUGGAAAGUCAAGGGGAAGUGAUAAAAGAACAUAAAGACAAAGAAAAGUCACUAACAACGAGAAUCACUAAUUUGGAAGCAGAGUUGUUCCAGAAGCAAAUCCACCAUUCUAAAAUAGAAAAAGAAAACGAAGAUUAUUUAAAAGAAGCGCAGACUUUAGAAGUUGACGUUUUGAAUCAAAAACUUGAACUCGAAUUCUUUGGAGGAAAAUUAAAAGAAAAAACUCAAUUGUUAGAAUCAGAACAAAUUAAAAAUAAAGACUUGAUUGCAGAUUUGAAGGAGAAAGAAGCACUUUUGAUACAAGAAAAAGAAAACUGUUUUACGCUGCAACAACAAUUAGAAGGUGAAAGUAAAACAACUUCUGAACAAUUAUCAUUAUUGCGCAAUUCUAAAUUUGAAUUAGAAAAAAGACUUGCAAUCAGGGAAGAAGAAAUUACUACACUGAAUACAGGGAAAGAACAUUUAAAUAUAGAAUUAGAAAAUGUGAAAAAGGAGAGAUUGGAAGAUCAGAUUGCUAUUAAAACACUGCAUAAACAAUACAUGGAAUUGCAAGGUUCUUAUUUUGAAAUGCAAAAUCAAAAUAUUGGAUAUGAAGCUGAAAUAGAGGAAUUUAGGGAAGAGAUGAAAAGAUCUGAGUCUUAUUUGGAAAAAGAAAGAAAAUUGAGGGAAACGUUUGAAAGGAAAUUGAAUGAUGAAAGAGAAAUUUAUAAAACAAAAGAAUCGAAAUAUGAAUUUCAGAUGGAGUCGUUACAAGAAGACGUGAUUUGCUGGAACGAACAAUAUUCUGCUUUAGAUAAAAAACUAAAAAUUGCAGAAGAAAAGGUGGAAGAUACUAAGAAAACCAUUGAAAAUUUACAAAAGGAAAUUAACAAAAGAGAAGAAAUAAUAAUUGAAAAAGGAAAGGAGACGGAGGUGAAAUUAAAAAAAAUUGAGAGCUUGAAAGAAGAAUUGGUUGAGAAACACAAGAUUGAACUUAGAGAAACAAGAGAAAUGUUGGCUAUGGAGUAUGAACAAAUGGUUUCAUCACUGAAAAACAACAAUAAAGAUCAAUCAAACCAACUUCAAGAUAUGCAAAAUCAACUCGAAGAAGCCCAGCAAUUCAGAAAACAUGCGGAAGAGGAACUUGAAAAGAUUCGGGCUAAAAAAGAAGAAUUGAUGACUGAAAAUGCUGCUUUAGCUGGACAUUCAAAUCAUCGUCAAAAAAUUCAGUAUUUGAUAAAAUUCAAAGAGAAAUACAAUACACUUGAAAUGGCACAUACCAAAACAGCUAUGGAACUGCAGAGAGCGUUGUUGGCUUUGAAGAAAUAUGAACCUGAUUUUAUUCCUUCUCGCAAUGCUCUUACCGUUAAUACCAGCAACAUGAGCAAUCAUCGCUCUCCUUUAAAGCCAAAAGAUGUGAAUGAUCAAAAUGAAUGUCAGUUUAUAACAGAGGGAAUAGAAAAUGCAUGACCAGAGCGAUGUGGAUUAGUUGGAAGAGAUAGAUAUUUUGUCAUCCGCAACAUAGAAUGAUAAAAUGCCAUAUCUGUUUUAUUGUUGUUGACAUAUCUGUUAUGUUGAUUAUUUUACAUUAGAAAUUGCUUUUUAAAUGAGCGCUAUUCAUGAGAGACUAUCGGACUGCAAUAUAGUUUGCAGAUUUGAUUCUUGAGGGCUACUCGCUGCCUGUACUGCCAAUCAAGUGCAAUUUGACUCUUCAGUCUUUGCUGGAGCUUUGACUAGAUCUUAUCAUUAAUAGCUAUUCGUUUGAAUGACGUAUUUGUUUUUGGUACCUCAUUAACAUAUAAACUCAAAAUAUGUAAUAAUUUCUCAACCUCCUUUGAUUUCAAUGUAAUGACUUCACAGAUAUAAUGAUGCGACCAUAGAAUAUAACAGCAUUAAUAUGCGCUGCAAGUUUGUGAUCCUCGUAAUAUAUAUUUUCAAAUAUUGAGUGAUUUUAAAAUUCUAUAUACCGGUAAUAGUUUGGCUGCAUCAAGUCUAACAAAAACUUGGACAACUUGAUAGAGUUUUAUUAUAAACCUUUUGGUAUUCCCAGCAAGGUAAAUGGUUCAAUUUGGAAUAGGCUCACUAAUACAAGGUAUCAAAGCAAUGCGAUCAAAAUGAUGUAAGGGUGCUUCUGCCAGAUCUAUCUUAUAAUAAUCUUGCGUAAUUUUCUGCCUUGAUUGAAUUGUCAGGCAAAGCUCUGCAUUGUGAGGCAUUGACCACUUUCAACACAGUAGUCAAUGCUUGCACCCCCUUGCAUGAAUUCUCUAAUUUUUUUCUUAUGUUUCUUUCAUUAAGUUAUAUAUUCACAUCUAAACUAUUUUUACCAAUAUACUUGGAAUUUUGAAAAAGCAAGUGAGGUAUGAUAAAAACCCAUUUGCGUCUCUGAGAAUUUUCUCUCUCGGAAAAUGAACUUGCUGAACGGAGCCGUAUUUUGGUAUUAAAAUAUUUGCAUUUUAUUUGUAAUCUAUUGGCGUUUAUACCUGUCCUAAACCAAAAAAAUGUUCUAUCGAAUGUAAUAUUCGUUUUUUCAUGAGAAUUUACGUAGAUUGCAAACAA